CCACAAAACCACAAUUUGGCACCAACUCUGCCCCUUUUUUCAGGUGUGGUCCCCUCCAAGGCCAGCUUCUCCAUGCACAGCAUCCUGGUGAACCACUUCCUCCACGGCGCGUGGUACCCCAAAGGCGGGGCUGGGGAAAUCGCCUUCCACAUCAUUCCCGUUAUCCGAAAAACCGGAGGCAACGUGUUGGGAAAGGCGCCGGUGCAGACGAUCCUGCUGGACUCCCAGGGCAAAGCCUGCGGUGAGUGCCGGCGCAGGACAGGGCUUGCCUAUGAGGAUGUUAUGGGAGACGGUGUCAAAAGCCUCCCUGAAAUCCAAUCUCAGCUUCGCAUGGCGACACACGGCGAAGGGGGUUUCACCGUCUUCGUAGGUCUUAAUGGCUCAAAGGAAGAGCUGGGGCUGGAGCCCACCAACUACUUCAUGUACCGAGGAAACGAUCUAGAUGAAAUAAUGAAUCACUACCUGGCUUCUUCCAGAGAAGAAGCUGCCAAGAACAUCCCUCUUCUGUUUGUCACCUGCCCGUCAGCCAAGGACCCCACCUGGGAAAUGAGGCACCCAGGUAAAUCCACGCUGGCCAUUGUCACCUUCGCCAAAUACGAGUGGUUUGAGGAGUGGAAGGACAAGCAGGUCAAUAAGCGGGGAGAUGAUUACGAGGAGCUGAAGAUGACUUUCGUGGAUAACAUCAUGCAGGCUGUCUUCAAGCUCUACCCUCGUAUAGAGGACAGGAUCGAGUACAUCUCCGGAGGAACGCCCCUCACCAACCAGCACUACAUCGCCAGCCCCAAGGGGGAGAUCUACGGCAUCGACCACGGCAUCACCCGCCUGCAACCCGAAGCCAUUGCCGCCAUUAGGGCACAGACCGCCGUCCCCAACCUCUACCUGACAGGGCAGGAUUUGUGCAUGGGAGGCUUCAUGGGAGCCCUGCAAGGAGCCCUCAUCUGUGCCAGCGCCGUCCUCAAGCGCAACCUCUACAUUGACGUGGCACAGCUGAAAAAGCGCACACAGGCCACCAACACCAAGAAGGGAGACUAA